AUGUCCGCCGACACGCGCCCCAUAUCGCCCGCGCGCUUCGCCGCCGCGCUCAAGGACCUCUCGGUCGGCAUGCUGCACCUCAAGGUCCUCGAGAUCCGCAACUCCAUCGCCCACCUGCAGUACUCCAACGACCAGCUCCGGCCCUUUGCCGACGGCUCCGCGACCGCGACCGCGACCGCCACAUCCACAGCUUCUUCCUCUGGGACCAACGCCCCCGCGGCGGCGGCGGCGGUGGCGGCGGCGGGCGAGCCCGACCAGGACUGCGUCGACGCCAUCCGCGAAAACGAGCAGGUCAUCGACCGCAUGGCCGAGCGCAUCGCCCUCGUCCGCAUCGAGGUCGAGGAGCGGGGCAUGAGCUGGACCGAGUUCCAGAGCAAGGACGACCUCGUCGAGGAGCAGCGCAAGGACGCCGACGACGCAGACACAGACGCAGGCGGGGCCGGCGGCAACGCCGCGGCAGCAGCAGCAGUAGUCAACGGCGAGGCGGCGGCGCCGCACUCAGCCUGGACGGACGGCACGUUCCAGACCGGCACGAUACGCGGCGGAGAGGUGCAUUUCGACAGCCAGCCCGGCCGCCGUACGGACGCUCCGACAACCGCGACGACAACGACGGGCGCCAACGGGGCGGGGACCGCUGCCGCCGCCCACGGGGGCAGCCUGUCGGACGAGCAGCUGCGGCGCGCGCUGGAGGAGCGCAUGCGGGACCUGGGCGGCGACGACGACGACGAAGGCGGCAUGCACCUGUAG